GAAAAAGAAGAAGACGACUAGGAAGCAGGAAGUGCAUCAGCAGGCGUCGAAUAACAAGAAGAAGAAGAAGAAGGAGGAAGCUGAAGCUGAAGACGACGUUAAAAAAUGGAGAAGCUCGUAGAGAUCGCGUAGGAGAAGAGCUCGCGUUCCACCCGAGAGUCAGCAGGAGAGCAGCUGAAUAUCUGCCCCACCGCUCCAUAUUUACCCUUUUAACCCCCCCCUACCCUGUAUUUCCCACCCCGCUACUCCUGUCCUCUACAUCCUGUAGGUGAGUAACUUCACCUUCUCACUCCCUACACAAGAGCACUACUGAGGGUGUGAGACAGCGGCACGUGCACUCCGUCACAGUGCACUCUCUGUACAAUAAAGAGGAGCGAUGGAUAAGACCCUGAGCAGCAGUGCGGCAGUGGUCCAGGUGUGUUUCCCCAACGUGCGAGCACAAGUGCUGGACAACCUGAACCGCCAGCGAGAGGAAGGACGUCUGUGUGAUCUGUCCAUCCAGGUUCAGGGGCAAGUGUUCAGGGCGCAUCGGUGUGUGCUGGCGGCAUCCUCGCCGUACUUUCACGACCAGGUGCUGCUGAAGAACGUGAGCACGGUGUCUCUACCGUCUGUCAUGGACCCUCUGGCCUUCGAAAGCGUCCUGAAUUCAGCCUACACGGGCCAGCUGAGCAUCGUGCGUGAUGACAUUGUCAACUACGUCACAGUGGCCAGCUUCCUGCAGAUGUGGCACAUCGUGGACAAGUGCACAGAUAUCCUUAAGAGAUCACGAUCUUUGACCCAAGCCAGCUCGGGUGUAGAGUCCGGCAACUCUAGGCACCAAAGCCCCAGCAGUUCGGAUUGCUGCCUGGCCGAAACCGACGAGCAGAAGAAGCCCCUUGGAGUAGAAUGUGCCACUCUUCCACCUCUGGCCACCUGGAGAAGGCCACAGCAAGUGCCCCAGCAGGGCAAAUGGGGCAAAUCCAGAUUGUUUCUGCCACCCCAGCACAGAGCAGAGUCUCCCCCAUCUGGGGAAUUAGAGCGGCCAUGUAGCCCUGAGGCUGCGAACGAAAAACGCAACUGGAUGCGCUCUCGUCUCCGGGAUAACAGGGAGGUGGACGAGGAUGACAGGAGGCGAGGGGAGAGGUGGAUGGAGGCAGAUGAAGGUGUGGGGGAGGAAUCGGAGUUGGAGGAUGAGGAGCGACGGGCCGGAGGCUGUGGCUCAGGGGCAACUCUUAAAAAGGAGGGAGAGACGGGGGGAGAGGGUAAAGAAAGGGGCAAAGAUCAGGACGAAGGGUUUCUGCCGGCAGCUCAGGACGCACAGGAAGUGCUGGUUUCUGCUCACUGUUCCCUUUCUGCACGCGCUCAGUGGCAGCCGGCAGCCGAUUGGCCGACGGAGCAGUGCGCAAAGUUAAUGGAGGAUGGCGACAAGGACGUUGAGGAAGUGGACUUCGGACGAUUUGCAGAGGGAGGAUUUGAGGGAGAGACCUAUGACGAGAUCGAGGACGGGACUGGACAGGUUUCUCAGAGGCCUUUGCUUCCUGUGUCUCCUGGAAAUGCUGGAGGUGGAGUGGACUUUGUGCUAGGGCCUUCAGAGCUUUCGUGGACAUCAGGUGCCCUCUCAUCCCCGUCUGUCCCCCCUUCCUCCUCUCCCGUGCCCUCCUCCUCGUCUCCGCCCUCCCUCACACCCUAUGCAGGCAAAGUGCACUUCUGCCACUGCGGUAAAGCCUUUACCCUGAAGAGCAUGCGAGACCGCCACGUCAAGAUGCAGCACCUGAACCUGCGCCCCUUCGCCUGCCCCGUCUGCGCCAAGAGUUUCAAGAUGAAGCACCACCUGACCAAGCACGUAAAGACACACGGCGCUUUGCGACCUUACGAGUGCUCCUUCUGCGGCAAGAAGAUCAUCUGGAGGGACAGUUUCCUCAAACACCAGGCGCGCUGCCAACACCUCGCCAGCAGGUCAGCUUGCGCCGACGAGUCCGGACAGGACGAGACGGAGAUGGAGUACGAGGGUUUCCCUGGUGAGGGACAGGUAAAGAUGGAGCAAGCGGAGCAUGAUGGAGUUCAAUUGGAUCACGUUCUCAAGGAGGAAGAUGGAGGCAGCUACACUUGAUCAUAUCGAUAAUAAAAUUAUGUGAUCCUGUAGAUGUGAUGAAACAUCUUCAUGGCUUCAUAGUCCAGCAGUGCAAGACAACAUCAGCUGCUCUUUUUCAAAUCUCCAUCAGUGUUUGUGAUCGAUCGAGUCCUAUCUUGACCCCGCAGAAGAAACUUCUAAAGACUUUACACAUCAUAUCCUUUAAGGUCCAGGUUCGAGAACAUUUUUUUAAAAUAUAAUUUAUUGUGCAGUUUUAGGCUUUAAAAGAAAUCCCUGCUGAGUGCUUCAUCCAUCAUCAGGGUUCCUGAGGAGAUCGGGAACAGUGUAUCUGUUGUAUCUACUGCUGUGGUUUUCGUGUUUUACUUUUCAAUUUAAUUACUUUUUUUAAGAGCGAGUUCUAAUUUUUAUUUUAAUGGCGAUUUCUUUUCUGUUUUUGAAACAUGUAAAGUGGAUUUUUUGUGCUUUCUCACUGUGAGUGGGUCAAUAAUGAAAUGCAAGCGAUCACUAAUUAGACCACCGGAUUAUUAUAAACACGUUCCCGUUGUAUAGUAGUUAAUUAACCCGACAAAUGAAACUCGGGUGUGGGUGAGUGUGAGCGCCGUGAAGGAAGGAACUGGAAGGAACAUUAGUGCUAGCUUACUGCUUAAGGCGUUAGACUUUAGAUCAGAGUUCAAAUCCCAGCCUCACCAAGCUGCCACUCCUGGGCCCCUGAACAAGGCCCUUAAACCAUCCACUGUUCAGUUGUAUGACAGAAUAAAGACAUGUCGCUCACAUUACAAUACAUAAUGUACCAACAUGGUGGUGCAAGUUUUGAGAUGAAUACAACUUUUUUGUUUGCUUGUUUUUAAGGAAACUACUUUUUAACAUUUGUGAGUGUGUGUAUAGAAACAUUUAUCUUUUUACGUCAAAUUUUACGCCUGUAUAACCAGAUCUGCCGUGUUUUGAGUGCGCUAGUCUGAGGUAAUACUCCAAAAUAUGCCAAAAUGCAGUCUUCUUGUUUUAUUACUAAUAAAACAACUGAAGAGACGAUCAAUAUAUGCAUCUUGAAUGACUUAUUAGGAGUUAAUUAGAACUCACUUAUGUUAGCCGAUACACGAUUGAAGCCCCACCCCCUUUACCUCCCCCAGUUCUAGAUUGGAUAAGCUGGUGCUUACAGUAAAUGGGAACAUUUAAAGUGUAUUAUUAUGGAAUAAAAUCAUAUCUUCUCUAACAUUAGACAAGUGUAUAUUUGUUAUAAAAAGAUUGAUUUAUUUGAGGUGCUGGUAGAGAUUUUAGCCUCGAACAACGGCUAAAGCAUCAGAGACGUCACCUUCGGACUGGACUUCAUGUCACUUUUAGUCAUUGUUGGACUUCUGAUUAGAAGGCCAUGAGUAUAAAAUCUCAGCACCACCAAGCUACCACUGACUGGCCCUUGAGCAGGGCCUUUAAUUCUCAGCUGUAUGUCGCUUUUGAUAAGGGUCUUAAAAUUCAUAUCACAUGAAGACACGCCCUGGUAUAACCUCUUAAAUAAAAAAAUGAGGAUGUGCUGAUUUUACUUGCUGAGGGUUUGACCCAUCAUCUCAUUUUAUACAACACGUUUUCAAAACCAUAUCAGAUCACCAUAAAAUCCGAAGCGGUCUAAACAUUGAACAUGGUGUAUUUUAGCAUUGGUGCGUGGUGUCAUAUCCGGUUACCACCGUAUUUGCAGCAGGAAUCUGUAGAACCUUUUAUUCUGAGCACCCCAAUGCAUCACCGAUGGUCUCAUUUUGUGAUUUUACUUAUUUAUUUAUAUUUAUACACUGAUGAUAUUCAGUAGCUCAUCAAUGUUCUGAUGCAAAACCAGCAAUGGUGUAAGAUUGCUCUUUCUUUUUUUAAUGGAAGCUGUUUGAUGUUGAUUGAUGGAACACAGGGUAGAGAUUUAAUAAAGCAAUAGGAGCCAAGUGUAGAGAUUAUAUGUAAAUAAAAGUGAGUAAAAUGGCUUCUUGAGCAACGAUGGCCAGUGUGGGAUGUGAUUUGGCUGAGGAACCCAAGAGGAAAUAUGAAGAGUAUAAUGGCAUAACUGAUGAUUUUAUUUACAGAGAUUUGUUGUUUAACCCAAAACAUAAAACAUUCCCUGCUGUUUGUUUUGAUAUCUUCAUAUGAGGGUCCAGGGUAUAGUCAGUGUUUAGAAUGAGUUUCUGGACUUCAUCGCAUGGGACAUUGGUCAUGCUGACGGUCCAGUUACCGUCCAGAUACGAAGUGUAAAUAACUGUACAAAGCAGACACCAGAACCGACCUGAUGAAGAACAUGCAAGGUUUCCCCCCCAAACCAUCCCAAUCCAGGCAUAGUUCUGGAAGUUCAUCAUGGGCUCCACUUUCAGAGCCAGAACAGGAUGAAAUGGAGGACUUCAAUUUAUUAAUGACUUGUCACGUAAUGAAUUUGCUUGUACACACGAGUGCUUGAUUACACACUGAAUAAACAUCCACAAUCAACAAAA